UUUAGAAUUAUAAUUAUUAUGUUUUUAUUGUUAUCAUUAAUGUUGUUGUUGUUGUUGUUGACAAACGACAAACGAAUUCAAAUCAUUAUCCGUACAAAUGAAUAAAGUUCAAAGUGUUCAACGUAAUGUUCGUAAUACAAUUCGUAUCACGAUCACAAUUUUUGCUGCUGUAAUAUGUGCAUAUCAAAUAUAUAUUGUUUGUAAUCUAUAUCUUCGUUAUCCAACAACGGUAGAUAUUCGUGUUGAUCCAUCACCGUUUGUACAUUUACCCGGUAUUACUGUUUGUAGUGAACUAUCUAGUACAAUUUUAGUUGAAAAAUUAAUCAAAAUUGAACCAAGUAUUUAUGAUGAUUUUGUCGGCAAAACACGUACACAGAUAGCAAUGAUGUUAAAAAAAAGAAAAUAUCGUGAUAAAUUAUUACGAUCAUUGCAUUCACAAACAAUUGACAUACAACAUAAUCUAACCGUAUCGAAAGAAAAAUUUUUUAAAAAAUGUCAUCUAGCCACACCACUUGGACAAUAUCCAAAUCGAUUAUCAAAUAAAGAUUAUUAUUCAUCAACAUUAAUGCAUCCAAAUUGGGAUCUUCAAAGCUAUAAUCGUAUUAAUUGUAGUUCAUUGAAUCCAAUCUAUGAAACUAUUUCAUAUGAAUUUAAAUGUUUUACAUUGUUUUUAAAUCGUACCGCUUAUCAUGAUAUUAAUUAUCAAAUACCAAAAGAUGCUGCAGCUAAUCUUAAAUAUUUAGCUUGGAUCGAAUUGAAUCGAGAUUUUAUGUUCAAUGGAUUAAUCUAUAUUCAUUCACCUGAAAUGUCACAUCAAUUUGCUGGCACAAGCAAUAUUCAACAAUUAGAUCCAGAUAAACAUCAAUUUGUAAGCGUAUCAUUUGAACGACAAAUGACCAAAUUAUUACCACCACCAUACGCAACAAAUUGUUAUGAUUAUCGUCAAGAUGGUUAUGCAUGUCGAAGUGAUUGUAUGACAGAAUGUAAAACAAAAACCUAUGUACAACGUGCCGAUGGUUGGCCAGGUGAUGUUUAUGCUGAUAACAAUGUAACGCAUAGAUUUUCUAAAACAUGGACUAAUUCAUGGAGUUCAUCAGGACAUCUUGAAGAAGGUUUAGAUGCAUCGGAAUUAGCAUCAUGUAGUUAUAAAUGUGGACAAAUGGAUGAUUGUGAAAGUGUACAAUAUGAUGUUCGUACGGCUCGUGUACGUGAACGAGAUGAAGAUGAUAAAUCACAAAGUCAUUCAUUUACCAUUGGUAUAUUACCGCCGAAAAAUUUUCAAAUCAUUAAUGAACAUGUACCAAAAUUUGCAAAUAUUGAAUUUUUGAUUUAUAUCGGUGGCCUAAUUAGUCUUUAUCUGGGCAUAUCAGUCGUAUCGAUUGGUGUAUCAAUAUUAAGUUGGAUAACAUUCUCAUCAAAACAUCAAUCCGGUCUUUGUAUAUGGUGUUGUCGAAAAACAGAUUCCGAAGAAAUAACACCAACACCCAGUGCAAAUACAAUAUCAGCAAAUGGUGAUGAUCCACAAAAUAAAAAGAUAAUCUAUCAAAAGCCGAAAACAACCACAUUCAAUAAUAAUAAAUUCAAAUGUUGAAUAUUGGUUUUGUUUUCUUGUUUUAAAUAUUUUUAACAUUUUUAUUUUAUUUUGAUUUUU